UUUAAAAUGGCCGUCCCCUGUUCUUCGCUAUUUUAGGGUUUAUCGUGAGCUUUGCGGGAAGUUUUAGCGCACGGAUUUCGUCACGAGCGCGCGCCUGAGAAGUAGCGCCUGGCAUUGUGAUCGCUGCAUUCUUGUGGGGAUCCUUCUGCUUCUUGCUCCAAUCUUGCGUCGCUCCAAGAAAGGCCUCUUCUUUGUUCUCUUCUUCUUUCGAGUGCGAGCUAUGGCGUCUCCAGCGGAUGCCAAGCGCACAGGCAAGGUCAAGUGGUUCAAUGUCACCAAGGGAUUCGGCUUCAUCACGCCCGACGAUGGAAGCGAGGAGCUCUUCGUCCACCAAUCGGCGAUCUUCGCCGAGGGCUUCCGGUCGCUGCGCGAGGGUGAGAUCGUGGAGUUCAGCGUAGAGCAAGGCGAGGAUCAGCGCAUGCGAGCGGCGGAUGUCACGGGCCCUGACGGCAGCCACGUCCAGGGAGCUCCAUCCAGCUUUGGAUCUCGCGGAGGAGGAGGAGGAGGAGGCCGCGGCGGUGUUGGCGGCGGCGGACCUCCACGCGGCGGUCCUCGUGGCGGAGGCCGCGCUGCUGGCUAUGGUGGUGGCGGCGGCUAUGGCGGCGGAGGCGGAGGAGGAUACUCGAGAGGUCGUGGCCGCGCUGGUGGAGGAGAUAAUCCCAUCGUCUGCUACAAUUGCAAUGAAGCUGGGCACGUCUCGCGGGAUUGCAAGUACCAGCAGGAAGGGGGCGGGGGCGGCGGCGGCGGCGGCGGCGGCAGGGGUCCUCCAUCUGGGCGCCGCGGCGGCGGCGCUGGCGGCGGCAGCGGUGGAGGAGGUCGCGGAUGCUUCACCUGUGGCGCACAGGGACACAUCUCACGGGACUGCCCCAGCAAUUACUGAACGAACGCCUCCAUUCUCGUGGUUUGUUCUCUCCUUUUCAUCUCUCUCAUCGUUUUGUGCCCUUCUCAGCUAGAUCUCUCUCCCGGGAGAGAAGACGCAAGCUUUCCCUUCUGGGAUUGAUCGAUCGAUUUCUCCCUCUUUCCUCUCCUUUCUCUUUCGACACGAUCCAGCAUCCAGCAAGCCGAAGAAGAAGGCUCCGUCCUAUCGAUCGUCCGUGAGCUUGGAAAAAAGAAUUUCUCAAAAACAUUAUCUCAAUGGAAUCGACAAUCCUCCUCUCCUCCCCAGUCCAUCCCCAUUUUUGUGAUGAACAACGAAGACCCAAAAAAUGGUCCAACGACCCAAAAGAUUGGAUUGGAUUGGACGGACUCUCGUUUUCUAUAA